AAUUUUGUGUUUACUUGUCAGCUUCCACCCAGUUCCCCAUUUACCCUCUAACAUCAUGGGAAAGAAGGACAAAAAGAAAGGCAAAGGAGCUGCUAAAACUGCUGCCAAAACUGAAAAGAAACAAGCAAUGAAAUUAAAAAAGAAGCUAGCUUCAAUGGGAGAGGAGGACAUAGAACGGGCGAUUAUGCAAAUGGAACAAACCGAAGCAAAUCGCAAGAAAACUGAAGAGACAGUCGUGAAUUCUCCCUCGAGGAGAGCUAAUAGUAGUUUCAUUCCUCAUCCAACAAAAGAUGCUUUGAUUCUCUUUGGCGGGGAAUUCUAUAAUGGAAGUAAAAACACUAUUUAUGGCGAUUUCUACAUGUACAAUCUGAAUAAAAAAGAAUGGACUGCCAUUAAAGCUCCCAACCACCCACCUCCUCGAUGCGGUCACCAGAUGGUAGGCACUACAAUAGAUGGCGGUCAGCUUUGGAUGUUUGGUGGGGAAUACCUCAGUGCAUCUUCCUCUCAGGUCCACCAUUAUAAAGAACUUUGGUUGUACCAUAUUACCAACAAAAUUUGGCAAAAAAUCAAUGCUCCGAAUGGUCCCUCAGCACGCAGCGGACACAGAAUGGUCUUAUGCAAAAAGCAGUUGAUUGUAUUCGGCGGUUAUUAUGAUAAUUUCACAAACUAUAUCUAUUACAACGAUGUGCAUAGUUUCAGUCUAGAAGAUUAUACCUGGAGACCUAUAGUUCCAAGUGGCGUUGCUCCCGCUCCUCGAUCUGGUUGCUGUAUGGCAGCAUUACCGGAUGGAAGAAUCCUUAUCUACGGCGGCUACAGCAAAGAAAAAAUCAAGAAGGACGUUGAUAAGGGAACAGUUCAUAAUGACAUGUUCCUUCUCACUCCUGACAAAAAUGACUCGACUGGCCUAAAAUGGAAAUGGGUGAAAGUCAAACCCGGCGGAGCUCGACCGCUACCUAGAAGUGGCUUAUCAAUGGCUGUGACGGUUCCUGCAACAAAAGCAUAUACUUUUGGUGGGGUGUAUGAUGUGGAGGAAAGUGAAGAAGACCUCAGCGGGACUUUUUUCAAUGAUUUGCAUCUACUCGACUUAGAACAAGUGAUUUGGCGGACUGUCACUCUAAAAGGAGCCAAAAAAGUUGAAGGAGAGACAAUGGAUGCGGAUAUGGAAGAGUCUGAGCUGGAGCCAGCUGUUAGCACAGUCGUGGAUGAUGGCAUUUUUAAAGUAACAGUUGGGCCUGCCUUGCCACAAAAAGCAGCAAAGACACCUGAUCCCUCGAAACAAAGUGAUGAGUUUGCCCCCAGUCCCCGCAUGAGUUCUGGUCUGGCUAUCAAAAAUGGUGUUCUUUACUUGUAUGGAGGCCUCUGUGAAGUUGGAGAUAAAACAAUUACGUUGUGUGAUUUUUACUCUCUAGACAUAGGAAAACUGAAUGGGUGGAAAGCAAUUGAGGAAGACAAGUCUCAGCCGCACGAAUGGAUCGAUGAAAACUCAGAUUCGGAGUCAGGAAGUGAUGAUGACAGCAUGGAUGAUGAAGAUGAUGAUGAUGACACGGAUGACUCAUCAGACUCAGAGGAAAAAAUGGAUACUGAUUAAUUGAAAGUCAGUUUUCCAAACCAAUCAAAAACUAAAUUCGUUAGGUACCCCAAAUUGGAUUCUUCUAUAUUUGUUCCGAAUGAAUGAUCCUUUUUUUUCACAGAAUGUGAGGGAAAAAUCUUUUUGGACGUUUGUAUUCAGCCUCUGAGUAACUUCAAGAAUGGUGAUGAAGAGUCCUUCCCCUUUGCCUUAAAAAGGGAAGGUUUGAAUUGUUUCAAUACUUGUGUUUUCAAGAAUCUUUCAAUGUUUUCUAUUGAAGCCAUUGUGCAAAAUCUUUGUAAAAGGAGUUUUAAUUCCAUAAGUAAAACACUCCACCCUGAAUUCAUACAGAUGAACUGUGAAAUCAAGCUAUGUUUUCAUGGUGGAAUCAAUGUACACAUAUAUUUAUGUCCUUUUGGUCCUUUUAAUUUUUUGAACUGAAAAGUUCUCAGGAAAAAGGGAGUAAUUCAUAUCAGGCGUCGUUCAGGCGGUUCUAAAUUUGCCAGAAAGUGUUGUAACAUAAACCUCAGCAAAGUGUUGGACCUCAAAAUUUAUUUAGUAUUUGGUAUGAUGUUAGUAAAGGGUACGAAAGACACAUAAAAAUGAUCUGCGCUGGGAGGGCACUUCCAAGAAACUGCCUUCUCUGCAUCCAACUCCUCAAUUUGGACAACUCCCGAUGUGACACACAUACUUCUUUCUCCUUGCCCUUCAAUUCAUAUUAGUUAAGAUGCUAAACUUUUAGAUGAUGUUUACUCAGUGACCUUAUGAUCACACUAAUAGCUCAAGAAAAUGUUUGCUUCUGUUUUGUUGUCUAAAUAAAAAAUAUUUUUUUUUUUAUCUUUAAGUAGAAAGUGUAACUUUUCAUAAUUCUUCAAAUCUGGAUUUUAAAUUUUCCCAAGUUUUGCAAAUGAUGAGAAUGUAUGAAUAACUUUUAAUACUGUUGCUGUCAUGGUCUUUUUGAAGAGGAAGGACAGUCUCUUCAAUCGAUUAAUUUAUUUCCUGACUGUUAGAUGACCAUGUAUCAUCCCUUAGUAGCAGUAGUAUGUAAAAAGUGAUGAAAAGUUCAAUACAUACUCCUCAAAAGUGAAGCUAGAGGCACUGUAAAUUUAAGAUCAGUAAUUCUGCCAACUUUUGGUAAGAAAACUUUCCGAGUUAUAUUUUUUGAUAAAAAGUAACAAUAAUAAUAAAAAAAAGAUUUCCCUCCAUAA